AUGUCAGCUGCUCAGAAGUGCAGCUUCUUCCCUCAGGAGCCUUACUACAUCCCCGGAUAUGGGGGUUUUUACCCUCAGGUUCGCUACCAGCUGGGGAAGACAUAUGGCAGAACCACCUGCGACAUGCUGACUGACCGGGAGGUCCACAAGAGCCCCUGCUCAGUGCUGGCACCCCUGGUCCGGCCAAAGUUCAUUGAGGAUUACAGCCAUCGGAAUGUGCCUGAGCACGAGAUGAUGAUGGAUCAGUACCAAACGUACAUCCCUGGGUACACAGGCUUUGUACCCUACUAUGGUUGCUUUCCCCUUCCAGGCAAAGAACCCCGCCCCCUCCCCGUGCCGAGAGCCAGCCCCCAGGCUGACCCCCAGAUGUGGAGAGAUGCCAGUUCAGCCCAACUGCUAGAGCAGAGGAAGUACAUGCCCUGCCACCCGGGUGUCCGGCUGGCGUGUGGGCCCGGCUGGAGGCAAUUUGCUGCCACGGUCGGACCGAAGCUGGCCUCAGCGCAAGGGGACCGCAAGAUGCUGUGCCACCCAGACGUGGCCCUGGCGUGCGGGCAGGAGGAGAGCCGAGGGCCUUGCAAGGCCGAAAUGUCCUUAAUCUGCGGCCAGGGCUGGAGGGGCGUCCCCUGUCUCAUGGGGACUGAUCAGACACCCAGGAUCGAGGCCCUGCCUCUCCCGCCGGCAACGGAGACAGUGGACGUGAAGCGGUUUGGCCGGACCCCCCGGCUGGACAUGCCCAACCUCAUCCAGCGAAAAGCCAUCUCAGGGUACACAGGAUUCAUCCCACGCUUCACCUGGAUUAUGGGUGUCAACUACCUGAAGGGAGUAAAAGAUGCCAUGAAUGAAUUUGACCGGAACCAGGAAAUGCUGAGAAGCCCGCUACACAGCUUUGGCAAGCGGCUGCCACGUACCUAUUGGCCCAACACCAAGAUUUACAGCAGCAGUGGACUGAUGCCGUUCUACACAGGGUUUGUGCCAACCAUCAGGCACAACUACGCGCUGACCUUUGGAAACAGCACCCGGCAAGCGUACUAUGACGAAUUACAGCGGAGACAACAUGCAGAGUGAAAAUGCUUUUAAUGUCUGU